AAUGAAUUGGCUCUGAUAGAUUUUUAUUUUUGUUGUAGAUUUGAUUCCGAUGUAUUCUUAUUGCAGGUGCUAUUCCUUUGUUUUGGGCUCUGUUUUCUCAAUUAUGGACUCAUGGCAGUUCUGGGAUAUUUGAUGUAUGGUCAGAGUUUGAAGUCUCAGGUGACAUUAAAUCUUCCUGUGGGAAAGUUGAGCUCAAAGAUUGCAAUUUACACAACUCUUAUCAAUCCAUUCACAAAGUAUGCACUGGUAGUAACACCUGUCGCAAAUGCAGUCGAAGAUUGGUUCCAAGUCUCCAAGAAUAGGUCUAUAUGCAUUGUCAUCAGAACUAUUUUAGUGGUCAGCAAUGUGGUUCUGGCCUUGACUGUUCCAUUUUUUGGAUAUGUCAUGGCAUUCACAGGAUCAGUUUUAAGCAGCACUGCUACAAUGCUCUUACCUUGUGCAUGCUACCUCAAGGUCUUUAAGAAUACUCUGAGAUGGGGAUUUGAGCUAGUAAUCAUACUGGCUGUUAUGCUAACUGGUUUAGUUAUUGCAAUCAUGGGAACCUACUCUUCCCUAAAGCAAAUUAUACUUAAUUUAUGAACUUUUCACCCUAUGGGGAUUGUAUUGCAAAUGCUCCUCUCCGAAGUGAAAAGUAAAAAUGUGUUGGAGUUUAUUUUACUGGAAAAUUGUUUAAGCCUAAGGGCAAUGUAAACAUUUUAAAUAUUAAUAAAUAAAGGCUAAUAAUCUAAAC